AUGACAGGCCGCCCACCUCCCCGCCGCAUCCAGCGCCUCCUCGUCGCCAACCGCGGCGAAAUAGCCGCGCGAAUCCUUUCAACCGCGCGGGAACUCAAUAUCGAGACCUACGCCAGCUACACAUCCGGCGAUGAUCUCCACACGCGCAACGCGGCACAUGCCGUUCAGCUUUCUUCGCCGGCGUCGUACAUGAACAUUGCCGAGCUGAUCGGCGUGGCAAAGAAACAUGGCGUCGACGCUGUGCAUCCUGGUUAUGGCUUCCUGUCUGAGUCGCCGGAAUUUGCACGCCGGAUGUGGGAUGAGGCGGGUGUGGUAGUCAUAGGGCCUGGUUGGGAGAUCCUGGAGGCAACGGGGGAUAAGUUGAGGGCCAAGGCAUUGGCUGUAGCGUGCGAAGUUCCCGUGCUGGCUGCGCUUCAAGUACCUACAAACGACGUUGAGAAGGUCCGCACGUUUGCCGCUGAGAACGGCUAUCCGAUCAUGCUGAAAGCAGUGGAUGGAGGUGGCGGCCGCGGAAUCCGCUUGGUAAGAAAUGAGUCAGAGUUGGAACCUAUGUUCCGCCGUGCUGUUGAGGAAUCGCCAUCGAGGCAGUUGUUCGCUGAGCGGGCGGCUGUUGAAGGCUUCAGGCAUAUCGAAGUCCAGAUUGUUGGGGACGGACGGGAUGUUCGCCAUCUGUGGGAAAGAGAAUGCAGCAUUCAGCGCCGGUAUCAGAAGAUUGUCGAACAAGCACCGAGCUCCGUCGCUGACAGAGAGCUUGUUGGGAUGGUCAUUGCAGCAGCUCUCAGAAUGGCGAAGAAGAUCAACUACUUCUCGCUCGGUACCUUUGAGUUUCUGGUCAACCCCUCCACACGCGAAUUUUACUUCCUGGAAAUCAACCCGCGUAUACAGGUCGAGCAUACGGUCACUGAAUCGAUAUGCACAUCGGCCUCAGAUCUCGUCAAAGUUCAACUGCUUCUCGCACAAGGGCUACCUGCGGGUCUGCCAAGCAUGCCUCAGUCACCAGAAACGCAGCCAACUCAGUCGUCACUUCAGUUGCGUCUCACAGCUGAGAACGUUCAAGGAGACUGGUUCUUGAGUAUUGGCAAGGUCACCUCGUUCCAGCUACCAGUCGGCAACGGCAUUCGUGUGGACACCCAUCUCGUCAACGCCCACCCAGCAGUCGUAAGCGCGGACUUCGACAGCCUGAUCGCGAAGAUCGUCAUCACAGCGCCGGCAUGGGAUGACGUUAUUCGCAAAGCCAGACGUGCGCUCGAUGACACCUCAGUUUCUGGAGUGAAAACAAACAUCGACGUCCUGCGUGCCAUCGUCGCUCAUCCAGACUUUGCCAAGGGCGGAUGCGAUACCCGCUGGCUGGAAGCCAACCAUGUCUCUCUGCUAAAGUCUGGCGAGGCAAUAUCAGCUGCCCUACGCAAAUCCGUCAAUCUCUCCUCGUCGCCAUUAACGUCUACUACCUCACCAGCUGCACUGUCCCAAACCGCGCCACUUCUCCGCCCCGGCGACGCAUGGUCGGUCACCCUCUCCGCACCGUCCGCACAAGGCCCGGUGCAGUCUCAUCUUGAGCUCAAACGAGUACUGCGCAACAACUUCCCCGCUUCGCUGUCGGCAGAAGUCGCGUACACCUCCUCUUCCGGCAAGCCUCAGCCGUAUAAACUCGAACUCUCCUCAACCUCCGCCUCCUCAUCAGCUCUGACGUCUGGACAUCGCCGAGGCUCGCCCAACAACCCUUCUCACAUCAUCAUCCCCUUCUCCGGUAAGCUGGUCGAAGUUUGCAUAGACGAAGGGGACGUACUCAAACCCGGCGACGUGGUGGCUGUGGUGCAGCAGAUGAAGAUGGAGCUCGAGGUCCGGACUUCCCAAGGAGGCAAGGUAGGCUGGGUGUGCGAGAUUGAGGAUGGCGAGGAUGUUGCGGAGGGUGUACUGAUUGCAAUUGUGGAGGAGGCGGAAGAGCCGAGUGCUGGGAAGGCGAGGCUGUAG